UUCACCCGUGCGGACGUAGGACAAGCUCAAUCUGGACUUUAUUUUUUUACAGAUAGCUAAAUCCGUAACAGGAAAACCAAUCACAGAAGAAGCUGCAAGCUAUAUUUACUGUACUGCCUUACGACUUUCCACCACUCCCCGAAAAAGCCAAGGAGGAAACCUAACCUAGAAAGGAGCAAAGAUUCAGAGGAAUUCCUUGCACCUGCGGCCCGAAAAACGAGAGACACGAAAAACAACAGCGACCACAAAUACAUAGUAUGAAUGUCGCCUAAAUAUCAUAAUUUCGAGAUUGCACUGGUCUACUUUCUGCUGCUGAUUCCAUGGCCGCCCACGAAUGUGAUCAGAAUCCUCUGCUCGCGAGAUAACAGCCGACUGGUGCGCAAGAUAGUGCGCUCCAAAUGGACUCCGAUUCUGGACAAGCAUCAGGUGAAGCUGCCGCUGGAGUGCCCGCUGCAUCCUUUCCGGGACGUUUUCGCCCCUCGCCAGGAUGCCAAGCAGAGGGACCGACCCACCCAGUGGACGUGUAGGAAGUGCGGCAAGAGCUUCUACCAGGAGAAGCACCUGGACCUGCACUUCGACACCCGCCACAAGAGCAUCAUCAAUGAGGCGGAGGAUGCCGUUUGCCUGGCCGACUUCUGCGACAUAAUGCGGUGCGAGGUGUUCGAGACGGAGGAUGCGUCCAGUCUGAAGUUCGGGGACCAGCACAUCGUGACGGACAUCGAGGUCUGGGGCGACUCCCUCGGCCAGAACUCCGCGUUGGCCAAAGCGAAUGCCGCCUACUUGAGCUUAAUACCAAGAACUUCCACAUUGGGUGCCUCGCGUGCCGCCAAAGUACAAAACCGUCAAUUACUCCAAGACAAGCCAAGUCAGGCCAGCAAACAGGAUCAGUCGCCGGCAGGUGAGCGAACACACCCCCACACCCACCACCACCACCACCAUCACAACCACCACAAAGUCUAUCCCCGAGAGCGAGCAUCCACCACAGCCAAUCCCCUUCGCCUAGAUCCAUCCCCUUCCCCGGAGGACGGAUCGGCGGCCAGGCCGAGGUCGGCGGGCGAGAAGCUGCUGCACAAGCUCAAGGAGCUGGGCAAGGCGCACCUGCAACCGGCGGCGGACGCGGAGUCCGGCAGGCAGAACGAGACGGACGAGGAGGAGGACGAGGAGGGCAGCGGGAGAACCGAGGGCAGUGGCCACUCCGCCGACGAGGCCAAGGCGGAGGAGGGCUCGGGCGCCAGCGGGAACGGGAACAAGGCGCGGGCUAACUGCAAGCCGGAGGAGCUGAGCAGGCUGAAGAACCGCUGCGAGCUGCUCCUGCGCAGCUGCAUCGGCGGACUGCUGCUCUCCAUGUCGGACCAGGCCUUUAAGGAGAUGGAGGAGGAGAUGAACAAGGCGGUGUGCUGGUACCUCACCUGCGACCGCUACUGGGAGGACGGUCCCUUGGAGCCGCGCGCCUUCCCGUGGGGCCUGAUCGUGAUCCUGAUCUUCGUGCUGUCCACCGGCAUCUGCUUCUGCUACUACAUCAUCUGGAUCCUGUUCGACUCCGAAGAGACGACAAUCAGCGCGAACCACUACUACGGCCCGGGCUCCAUCGGCGGCAUCGGCGGGAGCAUCUACAUGCCAGGCGCUCCGGCGGCGGCCCACCACUACCAUGUGGACUAUGCCACGCGGCACGACCUCGAUCUGGACGCCCAGCAGCAGCAUCAACAGCUUCAGCAGCAGCAGCAGCAGCAGCAGUUGCUCCAGGAGCAGCAGUACUACUACCAGCAGCAGCAGCAGGCGGCCUCCGUGCGGGAUUUGUACCCGGAGCAGGUGCAGUUCCACCGGCACAGUCCGCGGCACUACAUCGCCGAUCAGCGUCCGGUGGGUCCGCAGGUGGGCACGCCCACCCAAGGGGCCGGGCGCAGCAGCUCCUCCAACGCCAACACGCCGCUGCACCACCGGGUGGUGCAGCCGGGGCACCCGGGCCAGCACCCCCACCUGCAGCACCGCCACUCGACGAGCCUGGCCUACCCACAGGACAUUUUAGACCGACGCGACUAUACAAGUAGCUCCUCGCGCCCCACCGCCGCCGGCAUGGCGGCUGGAUCGGGAUCGGGAUCAGGACCCGGAUCGGUUGCGGGACAGGGACAGGGACAGUCCGCAGCAGCAGGAGCAGCCGGCGAGGCCCAGCGGCACUACAACACGCACCCGCGGCCGCUGGACACGCGGCACCGCCACGCGGGCUCCUCGCAGCAAUCCCUUCGUGCCUCCGCCUCCACGCACGAGAUCGUGCAGCAGGAGGCGGGUCUGGGUCAGAACGAGCACUACAUCUACGUGACCUAUCCGCCGGACCUCAAGAAGCGCUACUUCGAGUGAGCCUUCGGGGAUGGAGGUCGAUGCGGAGAUGGAGAGACCAAAGAGCCCUCUUAAGGAGAGGCGGGAAACGAUACCAAAGGCAGGGAUCAACUGAGGUUGGUCACAGCAAGAUGAUGAUGAUGAUGAUGAGGAUGGAGAGAUGAAGAUGAUGAUAACCCCAAAAGUUGGUUUUUUACUUUUAGCCUGCAAAUACUAGAUUUGUGAACUGUGCUGUUCUUUUUUAAUUCUACAAAAUAAAUUGCAAUAUUUCUGUACAAUA